AACUCACACCUACUUCCUCUCCGUCCGUUAGAAGCUCGUUUAUGUUCCUAUCAGUAGGUGGCAGCCCGCUGGCAGUGACAAGUGGCCGGACCGUGGUGAGACAUGGACGGGCCUAAGCUCAUUGCACUCCCGGACGGCUCGGAGGACUUUGGGCCGUUCUUGAGCAGCCUGAGGCGGGGAGCCCUGCAGGGUAGCGAGCUUCCCGCUGACACUUCAUUCUCCGACGGCUUUCUCAUGAAGUUUCUGCGGGCCAGAGACUUCGACGUGGAGCUCUCUCUGAAGCUCUUACUAAACUACCAGCGGUGGCGGAGGGAAAGUCCUGAAAUCAGCACCUGUCUGUCUCCUUCCUCGGUGGUCGACCUCCUGCAGACUUCCUAUCAUGCUGUCCUCCCACAGCGGGACCACAGUGGCAGCAGGGUGCUCAUAUACAGGAUUGGGCAGUGGAACCCAAAAGACUGGACGGCCUUCCAGGUGUUUAGGAUCAGCCUCAUGACAUCAGAGCUGAUCUCCAUGGAGACAAAGACACAGAUGAAGGGUCUAAAGGUCAUAUUUGACCUACAGGGAUGGAGUUUAGGACAUGCCUUACAGGUUAACCCUUCCAUUGCCAGAAAGAUAUCCUCUGUUCUGUCGGACUCUUUCCCCUUGAAGGUUAGAGGGAUCCAUCUGGUCAACGAGCCUAUGUUCUUCCGGCCUGUCUUCGCCAUGAUUCGUCCCUUCCUUCCAGAUAAAAUCAAACAGAGGAUUCAUAUGCACGGUUCUGAUUACCAUGACAGUCUAUGCGACUUCUUCUCGCCGGAUAUCCUUCCUCCAGAAUAUGGAGGGGAGGGGCCUGGCAUAGAAGAGGCAUGUCAGGACUGGACCAAUCAGCUUUUCCAGUCAGAGGAGCUCCUUCAGCAGAUUGCGGCUCACCCAACGGGAGACAUCUCCACAACUCCAAGUGCCCCAUUGAUUUCAGAGGAAGUGGACACUGACCAUCUCUCUGAGUGGUGACAGAUCACACAUACCAUGCUUUUUUUCUUUGGAUCAAAACAACCUAGUGCGCUGUCUGACUGACUCAUUUAAGGUCUGUAGCACGUGAGUACAUUCUCUGCAAGUUGUUCACGUUGCAGCGAUGCUUGCUGCCUGAGUCUUUUUAUUUCUCAUUAUUAUUUUGUAGACUUUCAUCCUGUCAGAUGUGUCAGGGGAAGGAUUCUCCACUCAAUAUAUGUAAACCUCGACGAAAUGAAGUUGUAGCAAGGACAAUACUGUUUUUUAGCGAUUGAUAUAGUGUCUCAGGUGCUGAAUGAGGAUCCCCAAGUGCCCACAACUUGCAGUUUAUCUUAAAACAUCAGUUUUUCUGUGGUUGUCAGGUGAUGUAAACGUGCAUCAUUUUGAAGAGAUGGAAAAUGAACACGCCCGUGCCGCAGCGCCACACAUUGUUCAUUGGUGGCUGCCACUUUGCUCAGCUCUUAUGUUCCCUCCAAGCCUCUGUGCCAGUCACCUGACAGUGAAAACUAAGACUUGAUAAUGGAUGGCUGGAUGGCCACAACCACAAAGGCUAAUGUUCCCAGAUUAAAUAUUUUAUGGUUCAUGCUAUUGGUCAUAUGUGUGGUUGUGGAAUAAUGAAUCAAUUGUGCCUCAUUUGGAAGCACGUUAACCUUGUAGGCACAUGUAACAUCCCAAGAAAAGAGAAAAGUCUCCUGGUGCCAUGACCCCAAACCCAACAGGAAGUCAACCAUUUGAAGUAAAAAUGUGUUAUAUGUUUGUAUUUUUGGCCAUUUACAGGGGACAUACUUGAAUGGAAUCAUCCCUGGCAAGUCAUCCUGCCAAUUACAAACUUUAUACAGAAAAGAUGUAAGCAGUGAAAGGUUUCUUCUGUCAAUGGGCGCAGCCUUUAGGGGUUACCUAAUCUGAUAACAGGAGCUGGGCUGACUGUUAUCUACUUCACUUAGUAGACUCACUUUUCUUAAGUACCUCAUACAAUUUUUACUUUAAAAAACCUGAGCUAUUCCCUUCAAUGCAGUGGCCACAAGAAAUGUAAUUUCUCAGCACUGUCAACAAGAGUGCCUUAGGUUGCUACUCAAAGCUUCAGCACUCCCUUACCUGUCGGUAUGUUUCCAAAGGCCCAUUCAACACUGGUUUAAAAGUGAAUUUAGGCCCAAGCUGUGAGCAGCUUGAGGACCUUAUUGGAACUGUUGUUUCUUUCUUUUCAUUUUGUGUAAAGUAAUUUGCAUCCUCAAGAGUCCAAAGGUGAAACAAGAAUCAGUAUUAUGAAAUUUUGUAUAACUUUAUAAUUUAUAUUGGGUCUUGGGAAUGUUGUGCAAAAUAGCUCCUUAGAGCCCCAUACAGCAUAUUUACAAAGUGUACCUCAGCAAGUUUCAUCUAGGCGGCAACCUCUGGUGUUGAAAAGUGGCUUCAAAUGUCUGCUUCAAACACCAAUGGGGGAGGGGGGGGGGGGUGUCACUGAGACUGUCUAUGGUUUAUACAGUCUAUAAUUUAUAGAGUCUAUAGUUUAACCAAGAUAUAUGAAGUUUAGUCGGCACAGAGCACUCACACUGGUCAAAUGGACUGGACUUUAGGGGGAAAGCGUGCUUGGGCACCGCACUGAUUGCCUAAUGUGUGUUCACCUUUAGUACGCCAACAUAAACCCAAGUCAGCCAUUUUUUGUGUGAGCUUUACUUGGAAACAAAAUCAUACUUAUUCUGUCUCUUACAGAAAUGAUGCAGAAUGUUGUAUAUUUAUAUGGAUAAUGCUACACUGUAUGAAUGUCAUAUCAAGACAGUUUGUAUGUUCUUAAGUAAGACCUGAAUAACUGUUAACAGAUAAGGUGGACCUCCUGGGUGGAUUGCCAGAUGAGAUACUUUCAUGUGUAAUAAACUGCUUGACUGUACAAAACAUGGACGUAGUCUCAGACACAAGUUAGGGGAUGGGCUGACAGUGUGAUACUACUCUAUCAGUCCAUAUGCUCAAACUUCCUUAAAACAAAUCUUUGUGAAAUCAUGUGAACUUCAUCCAAGAAGAAAGCCUCUGUAAGAAAGAGCGUGUAGCCAAACAGUAGACAGUAAAAUGACAAGCACAGCAAACAUCACUCCAUAAGGACAUUCAUUUUAUCAGCCAAUCAAAUGAUCCCAUUGGUUUUCUUUAGCUGAGUCUGUUAACAGUUUCAAAGUUUACUUCUUUUUUUUCAUUUAUUGUUACAACAUUAAGUCGUUAAUGUUAUAAAACUUUACUAUGUGGACCAAUAAUGUACAUAUCCACUUUAAACAACAUGCUGUGAAAAUGUAUGAUUAAAUGUUCACAAUAAUAAAGAAAAUGUUUUAGAGAAUAAAUGGAUUUAUUUGA